CUAAUCAACUAAUUAAGCUACUAUCUUACAACUUUCCACAUUCAAUCAAGGAAUUAUUUAUACAUUAGGCACAAUACAUGACUACUCCUAAGUCUCUUCAAAAUGAUGCCAUCAUGAAGAUAACAUUAAAAAGCAGUGUCAAUGAUUUCUUCUUCAACUCUCCUCUCUGCUUACACACACACACACACAAAUGUAAAACACCUAUUUGCCAUGAAAUUUCAAGAGGAAAAUGAGCACUGCAUCUGAAUCCUUAGGAAUGGAUUAUAGAAUUGUAUAUCCUAAGCGUCGUCAUCAUAGUACACAGCUGGGCAAUUCCUCUCAACUCCUACAUGUCAGUUAGAAAACAGACCUUAUGAAGAUGACUUUUUUGUUUUAAAAAAACAAUAAACAAGAAACAAGAAUUUUUUUAGCCCUUCUCUCAUUCACACAUAUGAGCACACGGACACACACACACACACACAUAUAUACACAUAUAUCCUAUGCGCCAAAACACCUCAAGACACAAAAGAGCUCAUUCUAUCAAGGUAUGGAUAUAAGGCUGUUUGAGGCUGCUCAAAUUGGAAAUGUCAACAUCUUGCACCAACUGCUAGCACAAAAUCCUCUCAUCCUUAAUUCCAUAACAUUACUUUAUUCAGAGAAUCCUCUACAUGUUGCCUCCACUGCCGGACAUGUUGAAUUUGUCAAGGAGAUCUUGAGGUUGAAGCCAGACCUGGCAAAAGAACUUAACCGAGAUGGCUUUAGUCCCAUGCACAUGGCUGCAGCCAAUGGCCAUGUAGAGAUUACACAGGAACUACUAAAAGCUGACUGCGAAAAUUGCAGGCUAGAGGGAAGAGAUGCAAGGACUCCCCUUCAUUUUGCAGCGAUGAAAGGGAGGACUAGUAUCAUCACUGAAAUGGUUUCGGCUUGUGCUGAGUGCAUUGAAGAUGUGACUGUUUCAAAAGAGACAGCAUUGCACCUAGCCAUUAACUGUAGCCAGUUUGAAGUCAUCAGAGUAUUGGUGGGUUCAAUUAAAGAGUUGAAGAAGGAACAAAUAUUGAAUAUGAAGGACGAACAAGGUAAUACAGCUCUGCAUCUGGCAACCUGGAAAAAACAACGGCGGGUAAGUAAUUCUUUUAUAAUCAUAGUCAUAAUUAAAUACACUGUAUCUCUACAGGUGAUAGGGUUGUUACUCGAAAGUGGAGCUGGAAUUUUGGAAGUAAAUGCUGUAAACCAGUGUGGUCUUACAGCCUUGGACAUCCUACAAAUCUUCCCUAGUGAAGCUGGUGACAGAGAGAUAGAGGAUAAUCUUCACUAUGCUGGUGCUACGAGAGCAAGGGACAUUAGUCUUUCUCCCAUGCCUUCCUUUGGACCUCAUAACCAAGCCGUAGUAAACAGCCCAUCAGAACCAGAGAUGCGUCAAUUUGAAUCAAACAAUUUGGUGGAUUAUUUCAAGUUCAAAAAGGAUAGAGACUCUCCUAGUGAAGCACGUAGUUCAAUGUUAAUUAUAGCAGCUCUGGUGGCAGCGGCAACAUUUCAGGCUGCUGUGAACCCUCCUGGUGGUGUAUGGCAAGACACUUAUGUGCCAAACAGUCCAAACCAAAACCUUAGCAGCAUCAACAAAGCACACAAUGCAGGAGAGUCUAUUUUGGGUUCUUCCAAAGUAGUUGGAUAUGCAAUCUUCAUGUUUUUUAACUCGUUAGGCUUUGUAUUGUCUCUUAUCAUGAUCGACAUCCUUACAAGCAAGUUUCCCUUGCGGUUUGAGCUUGAAGUCUGCAUGGUUGCAAUGUAUUUCUCGUACAACUCUGCAUUAAUCAAUGUAUCACCAAGUGAUUUGAGGCUGUCUGUAAUUAUAACCACAGCUAUCUUGAGUUCAAUCCCACCAGUACUCGUUGCCAAAUGGAUGAGACUAUUUGCCAAGUGGCUCAAAGAAGUGUUGAUGCAAAACCUUUUUGCACCUCGGAGAUGAACCACAAAUUAGGCAGCAUCAGCAAAGCACAUUAUGCAGGACAGUCCGUUUUCGCUUCUUCCAGUGGAGUAUCAUAUGUUCUUUGUUCUUUUCAACAUCAUAGGGUUUGCAUUAGCUCUUAUCAUGAUCGACAUCCUUACAAGCAAGUUUCCAUUGCGGGUUGAGCUUCAAAUCUCAAAUCUGCAUGGUUGCAAUGUAUUUCUCGUACAACACUGCAUUAAUAAAUGUAUCACCAAGCAAUGCGAAUUGUGAGGCUCUUUGUAAUUAUAAUCACAUCAAUCUUGUGUUCAAUCCCACCAGUACUCCUUGCCAAAUGGGUGAGAGUCGUGAGACUACUUGCCAAGCAGCUCAAAGAAGUCUUGAUGCAAAAUCUCUUUGCACCUUAGAGAUGAACCACAAAAUAAGCCUUCCCAUAUUUGUUUCUCUUGUUUUAAACAAGUGCAACAAAGCUUUUUUGUGAUGAAUGACCAACUGUUGCAAAACCUUAAAGCAAUAAGAAUGAAAUGUUCAAUUAUUUACUCCAGCAUCUUUGACAAGAGAUAUAUCAUAUAUGCCGACAAUGCAGUACAUGCUGUAUUCUAUCUUAGUCAUGAUGUUAAAAGAAAAAAUCUUCCCCUGUUGAUCAUUCCAUCUCAAAUACAUUUUAUUCUUCUCAUCAAUCAAAUACUCAGUAGAGCGAAUAUUAAAGCAGUGCAUGGGUAAAUAACCAUUUCAACUACAGUAUCUCCUAUGAUGCAUCCAACAUUAGCAGGUUACUCAAGUACUCGACCACCACAUAAAAAUAUAUCGUUACCUAUCUUUUUAAGUUUUUGCUUGGCACAAGUGCACCUAGAGUUUGGCUAAUCAACUUUAACACUCAAUCAAGGAAUUAUUUAUUUCAGCCGUCACACUAUGGCACAAUGCAUGACUACUCCUAAGUCUGUUCAAAAUGAUGCCAUCAUUAAGAUAACAUUAAAAAGAAGUGUCAAGGAUUUCUUCUUCAACUCUUCUCUCUGCUUUCACACACACACAAAUGUAAAAUAAAAUACCUAUUUGCCAUAACAUUUUAAGAGGAAAAGGAGCACUAUAUCUGAAUUCUUAGCAAUAAAUUAUAGAAUUGUAUAUGCUAACCGUUGUCAUCAUAGGACACAGCUGGGCUAUUCCUGUCAACUCCUAACUGUCGUUAGAAAACAAAGACCUUACUAAGAUGACUUUUUGUUUUAAAAACACAAUAAACAAGAAGCAAGAAUUUCUCACAAGCAAAUUUAUCCUAAAUGUCUUGUUAGGCUUUCCAUUGUCUCUUUCCAUGAUCACCAUUCUCACAAGAACAUUUCCAUUGCAGUUUGAAAUUGUUAUAUGCAUGGUUGAUAUGUAUUUCUCCUACAACACUGCAGUGGAGAAUAUUUCACUUCAUAAUGUAAAGCUCCUUGUCACUAUAAAAAUAAAUAUUUUUUCUUCACUCAUGCCUACAGGUCGCACACUGUUGAGACUACAUGCCAAGCAAAUCAAAGAGUUUGCAGUGGCCACGUUUUACUGACUCGUUUCAAAAUGGAUCGAAGAUAAUGACUUGCAUGACUGGGUUUGCUUAGUUCUCUUUCUCCAAAUACAGAGGAAUAUGAGAAGGCUAUUUAGCAAACAGCGUGCUGUAAAAUUUACAGUGUAGCUAACUCUCUUUUAUUGAUGUACACUACCAAUAUUCGGAGAUACUUUGAUUCAAAUUUGUACAAGGAAUACAGUCUAGAUUUUCAGAAGUAGAUAAUCUGUUUCUGAAGCUUCAACUGUUGCAGAAUUGUGUAAAAAGCUCUCUUGUUCUACGGGAGUUGAUAAGGUUUUGUUGCAAAAGUUUCCACUGUUUUCUAAACCUGAAAAAAGUCAACCCGGUUAUGGACCCUGGUUCCAAGAUAUGUUUACGGUAGAAAGUCCGGAAUAGAAGAGAGAGAAGAGGACGGAAGAGAACCAUGGGUAAAAAACAUGGCUGCUUCAAGUAGUGGAAAGAGGAGUAAUAUACGAGCUUUUUCUAGAGGAAAAAAUUACUUUAGGAUUAUUAAGAUGAAGAUCUUCUGUGUUUCCAAAGAUUAUGGGAACGGUAGAAUCAGUUAUGCAAUACCUGAAUCAACAACAACUUUGAAAAUCUCAAGAAAAGGACUAGAAGGAGAAUAAAAGCACCAACACAGAAGCUCAUGGAAAGGUUCAAAGGGAAGCAUCUGAAUCUAGCCUCAAAAAAUUAUGGGAGAGCCAAAAUCAUGAGGAAAAGAAAAUCAUAGGCUAAAAUCAGAUCAAACCAAAAAGAAUGCCCAUGGCCAAUCAACAGCAAUAAAAAAAAUGAACAAUCCCACGUAACUUCCUGUUUCAAAGCUCUCUAUAAUUUGUUCUUUUAAAAAAUUGCCUACAUCAUUCUCUUGCUUAGUACACACCAUUUUUGUACCGCCACCACUAAUGAAAGAUGUCUCAACUUUUUAAAGCAACAACACAAACAAGGAAGCAAAACAUUCCACAAAUAUAAAUCAAGAAAGCUUGGACUUCAGGGAGAAAGAAAGACAACUUACCUCUCUCCAUGCAUAGACUAUAUCAUUGUAUUUAUUGGAGCUAAAAUAGCUUUGAGUAGGGCAGCCCAUUUGCACUUUAUACCCUCAACUUUCAUUUAUAUUGAGUGAAAAAUCAACCCACCUUCGGGAAAUGUUUUGCUUGAGUAACUCUGUCAGCAUGAGCUAACCCACAAAAAUUGGACGCUGACAAGGGGAUAACAAAUUCAUUAGAGAGAAUUACACACAUCAAGAUUUGAGAAAUGCAAUGACACAUUGCAAUGAGCUACAAAAAUUGGAGCAAGAUUGGCACAAUAAUAAGAACAUGACUGAUAAAGCAACAUUAGUAAUACAGCAAGUAAUUCAAUUCAUCAUCACACAUAUGGAUUUGUUAGGUAUCCAUUAUAUAAGUAGCACCUCAACGGCUCAACCAUGCCUCAUCAAAUAUUUCUGCAAGUCAUUGCCCUUCGUUAGAAUGAGGGAAGCUCUAGUGUAUUAACAUUUCACAAGCCUAAGCCAUCCUCUGAAUGCAAAUCUUAAGUUUUGUUCUCAGUGCCCAAUUUAGAUCAGGUCUCAAGUAGUUACCACUAAAAUUGAAAGGGACGUUUCCUUUCCGAAGAAACAAGUUUUAACCUGAUAUGUUGUGAUACAAAGAAUUUCGUAAUCAAAUUCUUGUAGGAAAAAACCCAGAAAGGAAAAACCUCAGAGAAGUUGAUCCAUAAUGUUUGAGUUUGAUUAAUGAAUAUGAUGAAGACAAGGCAGAUAGCAAGGACUACUCGACAAACACAAACAUGGACAUGUUCUCCAUAUAAGAGAACAAAAAAUGUGAAAUUGCCACCAAAUACAAGCCUACGGAGAGAAAGAGAAAGCUCACCACAUGCUUUACUCUAUUCUCAUUUUAACUUCUAAAAAUUUGAACAGAUCAAUAGGUGUCAUGUUUUCCUCCAUCUGCUUUCAAAGUUCUCCUUGAAAAUGUAGGGUCUAUAUAAUUAGUACUAUAACAACAAAAAA